AUGAGUACAGAAGCACGUCAACCAACUAGGUACUGGUGUCAUAUCUGCAAUACUGAGGUUCCUAUUUACAUGGCGCCUGACCCUACUUGCCAGCAGUGCAAUGAACAAUUCAUAGAAGAAUUACAAGCUGACGACGAUCCUCGAGAAUUUUUGUCGGGUGAUAACCACCAACAUAACGACGAAUCUGACGCAGGCAACACCUCUACUAGAACAUUUCGAAGACAAAUAUUUUUACCUGACGGAGGAUCAGCUCAACUGUUUUCGAUUUCACAUGGCAAUCGAGGUGAAGUAGGUGAUGACAUUUAUCAGUUCUUUACUCCCAGAAAUGAAGCAAGCAAUGAACAACAGGAACAACCAGAGCCAAGCAUAAAUAAUAUCGUACAGGCAUUACUAGCCAACUUGAUGAACCAAGCUCACACCGAAAGUAAUAACACCAACAAUAAUAAUAACAAUAAUGAAAACAGUCAAGAAAGUACUACGGAUAACCCUCAGACAGCAACUGGCAAUAAUGAAAGUGGUAGUGGUAGUGGUAGUCGACCCAUCGUCUUUUAUGGCAAUAUGGUCAACGGUAGUAUUCGCUUUCAACCGUUCUCUCCAAACAACAGUAAUAACCAAGAACAGCAACAACAGUCUCAACAAGGAGAUGAACAGAACAAUAACAAUAAUGAUACCCGAGGAAACGUUGCCAGUAGCAUCCUUCAAUUCAUCACAGCCAUGACAGGUGGUGCUUUGGGAGAGGAAAUAGUCGGCAAUCCAAAUGAUUAUGUGUUCAGUAGAACAGCCUUUGAUAACAUCAUUACGCAACUGAUGGAGCAAGCAGGAGGAGGAUCAGCGCCACCACCUGCACCUGAGCAAGUGAUUGAGACGCUGCCAAAAAGAGGGUUAACAGAAAAAGAAAAAAGUCAAGAAGCAGAUUGCGCUGUAUGUAAAGAUGCAUUUGAAGCAACUGAACAAGUCAUUCAGCUUCCUUGUGAACAUAUAUUUCAUGAUGAUUGUAUCAAGCCAUGGUUAAAACUCAAUAGUACAUGCCCAGUCUGUCGUCACUCUGUUUUGCCUGAUCAACAAGAGCAUAGUCAACAAAGCGAUCUAAACAAUAGAGAACAAGGACAGCAAGGAAAUAAUGAAGAACGUUUAAGAGAACAGCAACAUUCAUCACAGCAUCCUGACGAUAUCGAUCUUGAUUAA